GUGCGCACAUCUUGACCGACUCAGCAAGAAGGUGGAUUUUCUUUGUGUCUAAAGAGAGAGAAAAAAAAAUGUCCCUGUGUCUGUAGAGAUGAUUUGCAGUUCAGCCCGGCUGAAGCUGACCGAAUGAGACUAUGGGCUGUGCCUCCGCCAAGCAUGUUGCCACUGUUCAAAAUGAAGAGGAAGCCCAGAAAGGGAAGAGCUACCAGAACGGAGAUGUGUUUGGCGACGAGUAUAGGAUCAAACCCGUGGAAGAGGUCAAAUACAUGAAAAAUGGGGCAGAAGAGGAGCAGAAAAUAGCAGCCAGGAACCAAGAAAACUUGGAAAAAAGUGCCAGUUCAAAUGUAAAACUUAAAACUAACAAAGAGAUUCCGGGACUAGUUCAUCAACCCAGAGCAAAAACCGAAUCAACACUAGUGUCUGUCUGUGAAGCUACCGCCCCUUUCCUCAGAGAGGCCCUGCUGUCCCCGAGGCUGCAGGUCCCCUUGCGCUGUUCUAGCCGAAAAUGAACAAACCCCGAGGGUGCUGCUCGCACAUGUGUCACAGUCACCCCACCCCAGCAUAAAUGUGACCAGUGCCUGUAUGUAAUAGAGCCCCAAAGUCAAAAUCCUAAGUGGACAGAGUUGUGUUAUCUCUGGCUCUUCCCAGGAAGUUGAGACAAAAAUAACGUAAUUGGUUUCACCUGGCUCAGCGUCUGGGGCCCGGCCACAGCCAGGGCCACUGGGAUGUGAUGGUUGGGACUCUUCAGGGGGUGGUGAGCGAGCGCAGGGACUUAAUUUUUUUCACUUUCAAAGAAAACUGGACAUUUUUAAAUCCCCUUAUCAUUUUCAACGUCAGUUUAAGGAUACCGCCGAUUUUUGCCCUGUAGGUAAGCAUUGUGCUGUAUUCACAACCUCCCUAAUCCACUCCCCGGCAAUCACUUUUAUCUCCUCUAAUUUUAUCUGCCUCUGGGGACAACAGAUAUCUGAUGACCCUACCAAAUCAUCUUUUCAUCCAAACCGUUGGAAUAUAUGCUAUUUUUAAAUGCUUUUCUUAUCUCUGCGUUCUAGAGAAAGACUAUAUUAAGAAUUCCUUUUUUCCUUCAGAGCAAAUAUUUACUUAAUUUUGACACACUAGCAUGCUUUGCAAACUGGCACGUGCUGAAGCUUUCAGAGAAGUUGAGUAAAUUGGAGCAUGUGUUUACAUUAAAAUUAUGAAGAAAAUUCCCUGUUUUUCACACAACAUCAUGCUCGUGUCUGUGUGUGUGUGUGUGUGUGUGUGUGUGUGUGUACAUUAAACUGUGAGUCAGAUCAUUCGGUUCCUGGAAUUCAACUAAGAAAUCUUUCUGGAGGGCCAAGAAAAGGGUUUUAUUUUUCCUACUUGCUGACAUAUAGGAUCUAGGAAACUAUUCUUUAUUAUGUAGUUGUAUACAGUACGAUGAGGUCUUGUUUUUUCUUCCCCCAUGAGUGGAAGGAUAAUUCUGUACCUUAUGGAAGAUCUACUGUAAAGGCAGGUGUCCUCACACCCUCGCCCUCGCUCGGCGUCACGUGUAGAGCAUGUUCCCACUGGCCUUGAGAUCUCAGGCAAGUGAGCCGGUGUCUUGGAGCUUCAGUUUUCUCCAAGAAAAACGGAGGUGAAAAAUCCUGUCUUACAGAGCUGGGGCUUAAAUAAAAUAAUAAAAUAAUGUAUGCCCUAGGCUCAUCACAGUGUCUGACGCUUGGCAAGAACGCCUUAACCAUUAGAAACAGCCCGAACACCCUUUAACGGGAAGUUGGGCAAAUGCGCUUCGCUGUGUUCACACAGUGGAACGUCAGCGGUCACCACGAAUGCCCUGCAGCCAUGGACAGCCCUGGGCGGACCCAGCAACACGGUGCUGGGACAGAGAGCAAGUCCAAGAGGUGACGUAGCGUGAUGCGCUCUGUAAACUGACAAACACCUGGAACAGAUCAUCUGCUCUCAAGCACGGAGAGAGAUGAUGGAGCGAAGCUUUACAAACGGGAAGCGGGGACGUGAUGGCUCCCUUGAGUUGGGAAGUAAGCUCUAGGUUGUUAAGAUCCCAGCUUUUGCUUUUUUGUUUUGAUUUCAUGAGUACUUACUAUACUUUUUUUAAAUAACCGAAUAAAAGUGAGCCAUGAAUGAACUAGUAGCAAAGGUGUGUCCUGGUGUGAAGAUUAGGAUUAAUCCACUUCCCUGAGGUGCAGCUGAAAAACACUAAUGAUGAUCAUUAAGAAGGAACUGUGUUCAGGCUAGGAUUUGUCAGGGACCCACGGGGUAACUGAGUUUCAUUUUUGUAGGUGAAGUACUAGGGAAUUAGGACCUUGUCUUCCCAUACUUUUGUGGCUUAGAUUUUUAUUAUUUGGAAGCUUAUUUUUUUAAGUGACUAAACGUGGAAGCCAUGUAUCUUUCUGCUCUAGAGCUCAUUUGUCCACCUUUGGUUCAUUUGAUUACCUGCAUUGAGACUCCAUAGUGUUGUCAUCCUUGGUCUCAUGAAGCUGAGAAGUUGUAGGAAAAAGAACCUUUGAUGGCAGGGUUAACUCAUAAGAGCUUUGCCAGGACCAGCUGAGAGCCAUGAGAAAUGUUUCAGGGCAUAAAUGGAGUAUAAUCUAUAAAAAUUUUGAGUCACUGUGUUGCACACCUGAAACUAAUAUAAUACUGUAAACCAACUAUACCUCAAUUGAAAAAAGAGAGAGAGAGAGAAAUGUUCCUGGGGGAGCAUUGUGUUUUCCAAGGUGGAAUUUUAGUUAUUAGAGAGAAAGAGGAAUGACUGAAGUUUUAUGAGUUAAAUCAAGUACCAACAUAACAGACUUUUAUAAAAGAUUUUUAGAUCUAAUUAGUCUUAGCAUCAAGGAUUCAUACUUUAUCAACUAAAUCAGAAGCAACGCAGUCACCCCUUUCUGGUAUCCUGAGGAAGGAUGGGAAACCACUGUGCUCUCCCUCCUCCGCUCCGCACUCACCGCCAUCACACAGUCCGUCAGAAGCGAUCUGAGAGUCCAACUGUUACUCACGGACUGCUUCCCGCGGUGCGCGGUGCGCUCUGGAGGGUCAGCGCCACCGUCAGUGCCGCUGUGUUGAUAGAGUUUCCACGUGAGAAGACGGCAUGGUGUUUCUCUGGGCGGGAGUCGGUCGACAGUGGGUAAUUCACUUCAUCAGAGCGAACGUUCCGCCUCUGCCCCGUUGGAAGGAAGGCGCCGAGAGCAGCAGGUUAAGCCUCGUGCUCUCGGGUCCCACCAGCCCUGAGACGCCGCACAGACCACGAGGCUCUCGUGUGGGGUCCGCCUGCCGCGCUUCCAGGGACCGCAGGCUUUGCCUG